AUGUCUUCGCCAAAAGAUAGAAGUAUGGAAGUACUGCUGGACGAUGAUGACCGAGAUAGCAUAGAAUACAAGAUCCUCAUGGCCUACGCCCAGCGGCGGCUGUCUGUCAGUAGCUAUGUGAAACUUCUGAAAAAUGAGGCUAAUACGCAGAAAUCAUCAUCCCUAACCAGGAGAAAAGUGUUGAUUGACCAUCAAAGGGAUAAAGACAGACCAAGCCACACUAUUAAUUGCCUUCUCUAUUUCCCACCUCCUUCCCAAUCAGGUGAAAGAGCAGAUGUCAACCAUAUUGCAGACAAACUUGCCAAGCUUGUGACUUCCAGAUCCCAAGAAUCUCCUUCAGAUGUGUCAUUCAAGACAACAUAUGAUACCCCAUGUCGGGAACAAGACGAUAGUGUUCCUACUGGUGGAAGUGAGGGCGAGGAACACGAUGAAGAAAAGAUAAUACAAACAAUAGUUUCACUGUUAAGAGAAUCAGGGGACCGACUAGAAGAAAAGAUGAAAAAGGACACGGUUUUCUCUGCACUUUUUGAAGACAUGCUGACCUACACCUUCUUUGAGAGGAUCACUGAUUCGUUCCUGGAGAAUGUCUCAGCAGAUUCAACAAAUGAGCUAUCAGGCCACCAAGUACAAUGCACAAAAGUUGCCUUUACAAUGGAAGUUGCCACCAGACUUAACGCUGUGGACAACCAUCCUAUGAACCUGGUCUUGGGCUUUGGAUUAAAGUACCUCAGAGAACACUUCAAGCCAUGGAUUCAGGACCAGGGUGGCUGGGAGAAGGCUUUGACUUCACUCGAUCAGGAAGAAGUAGAGUAA